CUUCACUUUGCUCUCUCCCUUCGCCAGACAUUAAUGGCGGAUAGAGGAGCUCUUCCGCUUCUUCAUCCCUUGUUGCCGCGACCCUCUAUUUUCCUCAGCUUCUCAAACCUCCAUGUGUGGCGAUUCCGAUACCCCAAUUCCUCCUCCUCUGGUUCUCAUCUCCUCUAUUUCUCUUCCUCGCGCUCAAUAAUAGUAAUUCCGCUGAAUCGCCGGAGAUUAAGCUAUAGAAUCGGCGCCGUCGCGGAGGAAGGCGGCAGAAAUGGAAGGACGGAAAGGGGGAAAAGAGGGAGGAAGCGACGGCAGCUCUGGGAAGAACUCAUGGAGGAUAAUGUUGAAGAAGACGAUGAUGAUAGUGGUGGUGAUGCUAGUGGUAAUCUUGAUCUGUGGAAGAUCUUAGACGAAAUUGUAGAUAAUGUCUGGAUUUUAAAGGCAUUCAAGUCGUACGGAUAUCUCCUCCCGUUCAUCAUCUUCUCGCUUUUUCUCAGCACCGGACCCAAAGCUUUCCUCAUAUCACUAGCCGUAGCCAUCGUGCCAUCAUUGCUGUUUCUAGCGUUCCAGAAGUUGAUUGGUUGGGAUAAACGAAGAAGAACAUCAAUGGCAAAUCAGUUUGUGAUAGAGGAGGAAGAAGAAGAGAUGGAAAGAAGGAGCAGAGUUCGAUACAACCCAUCAUCGCAGGCUAGAAGCAAUGUCAAUGGCCGUGGAAUUAACCGUGGUUCAGCGGAAAUGGCUUCUAGGUUUGGUGGGUGGGACGAGUUAGACAGGCUCGGGACCAUUUCCGAGCAGCCGAGAAACGAAACGAGUAAGAAACCGAUGAAGACGAGGAAGACAAUAAGAAGAGAAAAAGCAGCAGAACCAUUGUUGUUGAGAUUGUUGGUGUCUUUGUUUCCAUUCUUGAGCUCUUACACAAACAUGCUUAAGUGAACCAAAGAACAUUUCCCUUAACCUAAUAAACGAACCAAUUCUUGAUAUCAA